GGUCCCGCCCCUUUACUUCCAUUUCUGUUUCAGGAGACACGGUGCUAGAGGAGGGGAGAAACCUCGUUUUAUAUUUAUAGCACGUUGUUUUCAAUUAAGUAAAAAAUAUUUUCUCCUGAUCAUAGCACAUCCACCGAAACUAGUCUGUCAGGACCGAAUGCUCUUCCAGAUAUAAGACCUGUUUUCUGCAGCUUUGAAACCGAAACAGGCCCUAUUUUAGCGGUGUUGGACGGCUGUCCGCCACCCGUCUUUCUCCUUGUGUGAGUUGGGGCCUGUAGGCACGAGGCGCGUUGGACAAGAGGGAGUCGCGCAAUGGCGGAAUUCGGAAAUGGGUUAGCAGAUGAGUCGCUGCUGGACUCAGACCCAGGACACCCAGAGUUAGAAGACACUGGCGUGGGCGAUGAUGAGCCUGGACUAGAAGAGGGAGAGGCCGCUAUUGAGGAUCCGGAGCUGGAGGCUAUCAAAGCCCGGGUGCGCGAGAUGGAGGAGGAGGCAGAGAAGCUGAAGGAGCUCCAGAACGAGGUGGAGAAACAGAUGAAUCUCAGUCCUCCUCCUGCUGGGCCUGUCAUCAUGUCCCUUGAGGAGAAGAUGGAGGCUGACGGCAGGUCUAUUUACGUAGGAAACGUGGACUACGGCGCCACCGCCGAGGAGCUGGAGGCUCACUUCCAUGGCUGCGGCUCGGUCAACAGAGUCACCAUCCUGUGCGACAAGUUCACCGGACACCCCAAAGGGUUUGCAUAUAUCGAGUUUUCAGACAAGGAGUCUGUACGGACAGCCAUGGCCCUGGACGAGUCCCUGUUUAGAGGGAGGCAGAUCAAGGUGGGAGCGAAGCGGACAAACAGACCAGGCAUCAGCACCACAGACCGCGGCUUUCCCAGGGCUCGCUUCCGAUCGAGGGGGGGAGGAGGAACCUUCUCCUCCCGCUCCCGCUACUACAGUGGCUACACGCCCCCUAGAGGAAGAGGACGGGCCUUCCGGUUUCAGGACCAGUGGAGGCUGACCACCCCCCCUUCUCCUGUGGCGGCAGCGCCCCCUACUGUUUCGGCAGCGUCUCUCGCCCUCUCUGCUCCCGCUGUGCACACUCACCCAAUCCUGUCAAUGUGGGGGGGUGGGCCCGGGGGACAGGGGGAGCACCGGCACGCAGCGGGGGGGGUUUACUACAACCACAGGCGCUGAGCUCGUGCGGACGCAGGCACACACACACACGCACACACACACGCAUGCACGCACGCACUCGUACACACACGCACACGCACUCACACGCGCGCGCGCAUGAAUACACGCACAGGCACAAGGCUCAAUCACCAGGACAUACCGCACCCACACAGUUUGUGUAGAGAGUAGGGGAGUCCCUUUGCAUAGGGAUCCAUCUAAGCAGGCAGCUGCUGUUUUCAUUGAGACAGCAGGCACAGAGAAGGGGUUGAGGCCCUCUGUUUCUCUGCGUACAGAGCAGACACGGCUUGAGAACUCGCAGGGGAGACGGGGAGGGGGCGAAGGCGGCAGUUAUUUAAAACCGAGGGAGCAGGGCCUUUAUUUGGGAGGCUGUGGAGAAGUGUGUUUUGUUUUUGUUUUUUGUUUUUUCUGUGGGGAAAAGAGGAUUUGAACAAAAAAAAAUUAAAAAUUUGUUUUGCUUUUUUUAUUUUAAUUUUAUUUUUAACCCAUUAAAAAAAAAAAAUCUGUAAUUAGGAAAAAAAUAAAAAAAAUAAAAAGACCUUGUGUAAAAA